AUGUUGAGUGUAUGGUGGAAUAUCGAAGGAAUUGUCCAUUACGAACUGUUAGACAACAAUCAAGCAAUUACUGCUAAUCUCUACUGUGAUCAUCUUCAUCAUUUGAAAGCUGCUUUGGACAGAAAGCAACUCUGCUUAGUCAACAGGAAGGGUGUCAUCUUCCAGCAUGAUAAUGCUCGUCCUCAUGCAGCUCAACUAACCAAAUAUCUCUUGGAAGAGCUUGGUUGGGAAAUAUUGCUUCAUCCUCCAUAUUCUCCAGACCUUGCUCAUUCUGAUUAUUACUUGUUUUGGGGACUACAGAACCAUUUGAACGGCCUUACAUUGGCAUCAAAAGAGGUGGUAGAAAAUGAGUUAGAUUCAUAUUUCACAUCAAAACCUAAACAGUUUUACAAGCAUGGAAUUUAUUAG